AUGGAAGACCCUCAGGAAAGUAAUAUUGAAAUUCCCCCAAGCAAACUAUCGCCAAAUACCUAUAUUCCGCCUUCUGUUCAUCACUCCGCCCUCAUUUCAGGCCAUUCCUACGCCCAUUAUUCCCAAUGUCCGGCUGCAAUAAUACCCACAGAUACUACUGGCUGCUCUUCUUUCCAGUCAGACUCGCCUCUUGAGCCUACGCCAUGUGUUCUUGGGGUUGACGAAGCCGGACGUGGUCCCGUACUGGGGCCGAUGGUCUACAGCGCAUUCUAUCUUCCUAUUCCUCUUCAUCAUUCCCUCUUAGCAGAGGAGCACCAUUUCAACGAUAGCAAAGUUCUCACACCCGGUGUUCGUUCAAAUCUAAUGCGCCUUCUCUGCACACCUGAUCACCCACUAUACAAUUCUUGUGGAUGGGGAAUAAAGCUUUUGUCAGCGUUAGAUAUUUCCUCGGGAAUGCAACGGCCUAGGGGGGCAAUAUACAAUCUAAACGCUCAGGCAAUGGAUGCUACCAUUGAGCUUAUUCGUAACAUUACCGAGGAGCGUGGGGUGAAUGUUCAGGAGGUGUAUAUUGAUACAAUUGGCAAUCCACAGGCAUACCAGAAAAAAUUAGAAAGAAUAUUUCCUACCAUGAAAAUCACUGUAGCGAAAAAAGCUGACUCGUUGUAUCCGUGCGUUAGCGCAGCGAGUGUUUGUGCGAAAGUCACAAGAGAUGCCGCGCUGGAGGUUUGCUUCGAGGAUUUGAGGAAGCAGAGGCAAGGCAGAGCCGGCAUGGAGCACAUGGAAGACGGUUGGGGCAGCGGAUAUCCAUCGGAUUCCAAAUGUGUAUCAUGGCUGAAAAAGGAAAUGCACCCUUUAUUUGGGUGGGGGAACGAAUGUCGGUUUAGCUGGGGCACUGCGAAGGAAUUGAUAGAAGGAAACACAGGCACCAGAGUGGAUUGGCCGGCGGAUGGGGACGAAGAUACUAUGAAGAUGUCGCAGUUCUUUGUUGCUGCAUCAGCAGAAAAUAAUGAAGUACAAGACGAACUGCGAGAUUGGUUCGGGCGAAGGCCGAAGGAGAUAUUUUGA